ACUAAAAUAUAACGUCAACUGAAAAUAUAUAAAAUACACCGUAGUGAGCUGUAUGUUAUUAAAAAAAAAUAAGAAAGCGAAACAACCAGGAAAUCAAACUGUAACAUAACUUGUUCUUCCUCUCUUGUGCAUCACGAUUCAUUGUCCCUUCUUUCGCUUCUAAUAUUAACUAGCUUCUGUGAACAAAGCACGACCUUAGUUCAACUCGUCACUCAACUCACUCACUCAGAAUGACCGAGUCUUUCAUCACCGAUUCCCUUUCCAGCUAUCCUCAUCCAGAUCAUGCUGAGAUAAUUGUGGUUCGCCAUGGUCAAACAGUUUGGAAUGCUGAAAGAAAAGUUCAGGGACACUUAGAUGUCGAAUUGAAUGAAAUUGGAAGAGAUCAAGCACGUGCAGUGGCUGAUAAACUAUCCAGAGGACCAAAGAUUUCUGCAAUAUAUUCUUCUGACUUGCAACGUGCUUUUGAAACUGCCCAGAUCAUUGCUUCUAAAUGUGGAGUACCACAGGUUGUGAAGGAUUUUGACCUACGGGAAAGACACAAGGGAGAUCUUCAAGGUCUUUCUCAUCUUGAAAUAGCCAAGACUAAUCCCAUCAGUUACAAAGCUUUGAUGUCCAAGAAUGAAGAACAAGAAAUCCCAGGUGGUGGAGAGAGUAUUGUUCAACUCCUUGAACGUUGCAAAUCUGCAUUGCUGAGAAUUGGGCAAAAAUAUAAAGGGGAGCGAGUUGUUGUUGUCUCGCAUGGAGCAUCCAUUGAAAUACUUUACAAGUGGGCUUGUGUAAAUGGAUAUGAAGGGAAAAUACACAAUGCAUCUAUUAGUGUUUUUCAUUUGUAUGAUGAGGACAAAUGGAACUUAAAGGUGUGGGCUGAUGUUAGUCAUUUGAGCCAAAGUUGAUUUUUCUCUACAAUAAGUUAAAAUAAAUAUUUUAUAAUUCUAUAAUAUUUAAAA